AUGGGCCUGCGCCUGCCCCUUCAAGGAUCCCAAUUAGCCACCAUUAAGAGCGCCUACGCCCUAACAAUAGCUGGUUCUGACGAGGCCAAGUCCAAGUCCUACGAGGAACUGCACGCCCUCCUGGCGUCCGUGCCGAAGAUGGAUAAGUUGAUUGUCCCCGUUGACUUCAAAGCCCGCGUCAGCACAGGCCAUGCUGCCUGA